GAGCUGUACCUUUCGCCACCUCGCCCCCUCCCCUAACCCCCAAAAGAUAAUCAACCUUUUGAAACAUGCGCCACACCACACCACCUCCUGUGUGUAAUCUAUUUAGGACUUUUGUAAGCCUAUAGCCACCCCCACUCACACCGAGCUUUCCUUCGACCCACAUGCUACACAUCGCAAACAGCCACAGUCCUAGUUAGCAGCCCUCACUCGAAGACACACACACACACCGAAGCCCAGUUGAUCAGGCCACCAUGAGCAAGGGCAAGGUUCACCACGACUGGAUCCUCCGGCGGUGCUGCGGCUCCAUCGCCGCCUGCAUCCUCACGCUCGCCGUCCUCGUCGGCUUCGUCGCGCUCGUCAUCUACCUCGCCCUGCACCCCUCCAAGCCCUCCUUCUACCUCCAGGACAUCCAGCUCCGCUCCAUCGACCUCGCCGAUCCGGCUCUCUCCCUUGACGUCCAGGUGACCAUCGCGUCGCGGAACCCGAACGACCGGGUGGGCAUCUACUACAAGACCCUGCACGCCUUCACCACGUACCGCGACGAGCCGGUGACGGUGCCGGUGUCGCUGCCGGCGAUCUACCAGGGACACAAGGACCAGUCGGUGUGGUCGCCGGUGAUGUCCGGGGACUCGGUGCCGGUGGCCCCCUACGUGGCGGACGCCAUGAAGCAGGACAUCGCCGCCGGGUACGUGCUGCUGCACGUGAAGGUGGACGGCCGCGUCAAGUGGAAGGUCGGCAGCUGGGUCUCCGGCGGCUACCACAUCUUCGUCAACUGCCCCGCGCUGCUCUCCGCCAGCGGCGGCUCCGUCGGCGGUGCCUUCGCCAUGAGCGCCACGGUGGGCGGCAAGCAGACCGUCUCGCUCAAGUUCACGCAGCCGUCCUACUGCACCGUCGACGUGUGAGUGACGCGGACGCACGUCGUCUCGCCGGGGCGACGCUGAGAGCGACGUCGAGCGCUCUUAAUUAUUUGCAGGAGUAAAUCUUGUAGAGUAGCAACAACCAUGAUAUGAUAGUGUAUAAUUAUCACCAAUUUCCUUACCCUGUUUUUCUGAAUCUGUGCAGAAUAAUGCUACUACUUUUUUAUACAUCCUAUUAUAAGCUGUUCUUGUUA